AUGAAUACGACUACGGUUAAAUUUCCUUCACCGCAAUAUUCUUCGCCACUUGGCGAUCAUUAUACUGCUCUUGAUGGGUUAAUACAUUUAAUAGAGUCAUUAAAUAAUGGGGCUGCUGAUGGGACUGGGAUUUAUAAGCUAGUUACGUUUGCAAGAAACUUGAUUGGAUAUGACCUCCCCCAGUUUCUUGUUAAUUAUGAAAUUGAAAACCAAAAUGAUUUAUUUGGUAGCUAUCCUACUACUAAAGAUAAGGCGCCUAGUGCCAUCUUUGCUGCCGUAUUUGGGGUUUUAGCAAUACUUCAUUUAAUGUUGUUCAUCAUAAAUUGUACAAGAGGACACUAUUUCAUCAUGUCAUUGGUUUGGUUUUUGAAUUGUCUAAUGAGAGUUGUUGGCUGGAUCCUCCGGGCUGUUUGGUGUGAUGAUCUAACCCUAGUACAGCUUGGACUUACUGACGAAUUUUUUCUAAUUAUUCCUUCCAUUCUAUUGGUUUCAACUAAUUUAAUCUUGGCUCAAAGAUUGUUUACUUGGAGACAUCCUGUUGGUGGUUCCCGUAAAUUAUUUUGGGGUAUUAUGCUUGCUUUAUACGGGUUAGUUGUUAUCAUUAUCAUUAUUACUGUUUUUGCUUCUUUUGUUCCUUAUUUGAAAUAUUUGAGUAAUUAUAGUUACCGAGCUUAUAAAAUCAUUGUUAUGUUUAGUGCUGUUUUAAUUAUCCUUUAUUCUUUAACUGCAAUUGCAUUAUUAGGGUUAUCUUAUUUUUUCAAACCAACUAGAAAAGAUGAAAAUUUGUAUACUUAUCAACCUUGGUGGAUUGAAAGUUUCAAUCCAACUUAUUUUGUCAAGAGGAAUGCCGCAAAAGAUGCUGAAGAAACUUUUAUGAAGCGUAAUCAUAACCAUCGUCAUGCCAUUAGAGUCAUUGCUGCUACUCACCAUCAUUAUAAGAUGGUGGAAGGUUUAUCAAAUGAAAGAGGUACUUUGAAACAUAAUACCUCUUUGGGGAUGGUUUGUGUUACUACCCUUUUAAUCUUUAUCGGGGCUAUUGGUCGUUGUGUGGUUACUUUCCAACAUCGGUAUGCUAGGGAUGAAGGUCCUGCUUCUAAUAAUGUCUUUAUGUAUAUAUGUUGGGGUCUAUUCGAAGUUAUUAUUAAUCUUCUUUACUUGGUGGGCAGAGUUGAUCUUCGUUUUUAUAGACCUGAUGUAUUACCUGGUAAAGUCAGAGCAAUUGUUACUGCUGAACAGACUUAUUAUCCAUCUUCUGAAGAUGAAGAUGAAGAUGAAGAAUAUACUAAUACUUUACGUUCUACUAGUGAUUUUGAAUCCUUUUCAAAACAAAGUGAUGAAGUUGAUGAUGAUUUGGAUUUCCAAGCUUCUAAUGGUAAAACAAAAGAUUUACCUUAUCCUGCUGAAGAUUUCAAACCGGAUUUUACAAAGCCUUCUCCUGCCUAUAAACAUGGCACUUAUCCAAAAGAUACUGAGCUGGAUGAAUUCCACUUUUAA